AAUGUUUCAUUGUGCUGCUUAGCUAUGUGCCAAAAUCACCCUGUAGCUAUACGGAAACACACACAGCUUACUUCACAGUGAGAGGGCUAGGGCAGGAAGGAAAUGAGGAGAGACAGACACAGAGAAAAAAAGAGACCGAGAGACAGAGAGACAGAGAGACAGAGAGACGGAGAGAUGGAGGGGAAAGCAGCAGAUUAGGGUCACUGGGGUUUUCCACUGUGUAGGAUCAGAAAAAAACAUAAGAAGUAGGUAAGAGUGAGGAGGGGAAACACAUCUGUAGCCACAGACAGUUCAGACAGCAGAAAGAGAGUGGAGAUAGUCAGAAAAGGAGAAAGGGAAAAUAGAUUGUACCUAAGUGAUGCUCUUUGAGCUGAGAUUAAUUAAAUUACUGUCAUUUCAAAAGUUAGGAGCAGGUUUAGAGGAAGAGUACACAGGAAGACAGUCGUUGCAGUCUUAAGCUUAGAUCCUAUACACACCGGUGGAGGACUAUAAUCGAAUGGGCAACAAAUGGCUAAUAUAAGCUGCACAAAGAGUAGUCAAGAUGGGACAUGCUGUGAUCGCUGUGCUGCAGGAGAGUACAUGAAAGUUGAAUGUUACAGCACAAAGAAGACCGAGUGUGCCAAAUGUGAUAAUGGGUUCUACACAGCCACAAAAAAUAACUUGCUUAAAUGUCAAGUCUGCAAGGAGUGCCGUUCCGAAAACAAACAGAAGAAAGUAAAGGACUGUACAGCUCAGGAGAACACAGUGUGUGGGUGUGUGGAUGGUUUCUACUGUAGCAAUGAUCAAUGUGACCACUGCAUGCAAGUGACCCACUGCCAAUUGGGUGAAGGGGUCAAGGUUCGAGCUACUCGCACGAAUAAUACAAUCUGUGCUCCGUGUGAAGGCGGGACCUACAGCAACGUGACAGAUUUCCUCUCGCCCUGUCGAACACACACCAGAUGUGAGGACUUUGGAAGACUGUUGAAAACUCCAGGAACCCGAACAACUGAUGCCAUCUGUGGCAACUUUAUAACUCAUUGUCCCUGGAUAUUACCCGCAGGCCUGUGGUCAGGACUCGUGUUGACCGCACUUGUCCUUUUUGGUAUCGUCUGCUGGAGGGCAAAACGCAAGUCAUACAAAGCAGCCGGCUCCAGUGUUCCUGUUUCUCUGGUUGAUAUGGUUCCAGCAACACCGAUCACUUCGCUGGAGCUGCCUCUACCGUUCACAGAGCUGAACGGUCACUGCCAAGAGAGCUGCACCGUGGAGUGCUGCAAGUUGCCGCUUUUUAACCCAGACGAUAACGCGGUCAGUUGCGUCACACAAGACAGGGUGGACAGCAUCAUUCCUAUAAUUCCACUGAAGCCUUCGGUUUCAUUCGUUGAAUCCAGCUACACGAAUGGAAGUACUGGAUACUGCACCAGCAACUUCCUCAGGAGCUACUCAGAGCCACAGGAGGACGAGUGGUGUGGGACAUAAUCAAGUAGAUGUUGGUGUAACAGUAUGCUGAUGGAGCUCAGAGUCCCACUCCAGUUUGUGGAUGCUGCAACUAGUUUUCAAACCUCAAACUGAACCUAUUUAUACCAAAAAAACUAAAGAGUAAAGGUUUCACUUUUCCAGAAGACUUGAAGGUGGCUGAUGGUUUGCUACCCCCUGCAGGACUUUAAUGAGAAGUUCAGCUCAAGUGAUGUGAUAUUUCUGUAAUGCAUUUACAAUAAAGCAAACAGCUAAAAGGUAUUUUUCCAAAACACUGAUGGAGGUUUGUACUUGAGUCAGUAUUUUUAAUGUGAAUGAGUCUUAGAUACAAGCUUCACAAGUUACUGCACUGCUGUCUGUGUUUUUAGCUACAGCUCAGUGGGGUCUAUUAGAUAAUAAUUAUAUUUAUAAUGCUAUAUUUUUCUUUUUCUGACAAAUCCUAUGAAAAGGCCAAACCAACAAUGAAUAUAUCCUUCCAACAAGUAUGUAUGUGUAGUCAAAGCAGCUUAUUAUUCUUUAUGGAGCUCCGGUGUCAUCCAAACACACUCAGCGAGUGACACUUGUACACUGUGUAACCUGUUACUUCAUUACCAUGAAUGUGGACACUGUAUUUUAUAGAAGCAAGAAAAUAGCCCCUAACAAAUACUGUAUUUUCUCCUGUUUGAGUAACUAUUGUAAAAAAAAAGAUUCUGUGGCUUAACGUUUAUAGUAAAUCAUGUAUUUUGUAAUUAUAAAUUAAAUGAUAUCUAUUUUUUUUAAAAGUACAUUGUAUUACAAAUUAUAACCACCAACCUUAAGAUAUGCAACACACACAAAUCUUGGAGAAUGAGGUGUUGAAUGAAAGAGGCAGCAGUGACUUCUGACAGAUGUAAAAUUUGUUUAUAACAUUGUAAAGAUCGAUAGUGCAAUAUGAGGAAGUGUGUAGGGAAUGUUUACACAAGUCAUUCUCAGUUAGUACCAUUAGACAGAGGUAAUUACGAUGUAUUUUUACAGGUCUUAUUGUGAUAUUUCAAAAUAAUGUUGAUUAUAAUAAAAAAAAACUAUAAAAAUGA